AUGGCUGUCCUGGCCUGCGGCUCAAACGCUUUCCGUCAACUCGCCGACUCGGACGACCCCUUCCUGCCUGACGCCGUCCAGCUCCCGGAGGCCGCCUCGCUCGCGGCCGCAAGCUGGUCGCAGAGCCUCCUCCGCACCUCGACAGGCGAGUUGCGCUGCUUCGGCCACCCGCUCGCUGGCGAGCUCCCUUCCUCGCACGUCGAGCGCUGGCUCGGCCACGACGAGCUUUGUGCGACACUCGCCGACGACGGCGUACUCUGCUUGCUGAGCGGGACCAAGGUCGCCGCCGACGUGGACGGCGCAGGCCUCAACGGACGAGGUGAGGUCCUCGUCGUACACAACACGUGCAAGCGCCCGAGGCCGGGCGUGGGUCCUCGAGAAUGGUCGCCGCGCCUGUACGAGUCGCUCGCGUCGGCUCGAGAUUCGGGCGACGGCGCCGGCAACGUCCUCUCGUGGCGGGACGCACCCGAGCCGGCCGCAGAUUCGCGCACGGCGACUACUCGGGACGUGCGCUCGAUCGAGGCGGGCGCGGCGCAUUUUCUCGUCCUCGUCGGCGGCGAGCAGUCGUCGCCGUCCUCGAGCGAGGUCUGGUCCUUUGGCGACUCGCGCUACGGCCAGGCCGGCCCCUUCCCGUCGCCCUCUCUCGUCGCCAACCCCUCCUCGACGACCACGUCUCGCUACGACCGCCCCUCGCUCCAGCACAUCGCCUUCUUCGACGGCCUGCACCCGGUCCAGGUCUCGUGCGGCGCGUUCCACUCGGCGGUCGUGACGGCGCACGGCGCCGCCUACCUGUUCGGCUCGAACAAGGCCGGUCAGCUCGGCGUGGGCGAGGGCGAGCCGGGAGGAGCCGAGCCGGUCCUGGUCGAGCUCGGCGAGGAGGACGAGGACGAGGUCGCUCAGGUCGCGUGCGGGGCGGCGCACACUGUGCUCCUCACCAAGAGCGGCCAAGUCUGGGUCACAGGAGCGAAUGACGACGGACAGCUCGGCCUCGGCGACACGACCUCGCGAUGGACCUGGACGCGCAACGUCGCCGUCGAGGCGGCUGCGAGGAGCGCUGGAGGCCGGCGGGUGGACCGAGUCGUCUGCUCGCGAGCGUCGACGUACUUCGAGUGCAAUUGAGCUCCC